AUGGCACGCGAGCUCCUUCAAGGGCUACACAAGGAGCAAACUCCUUUCCUCGUCAACCUGACUAUGUUGGCCCGCGUCCCCGCCUUCUCCACCUUCGCCUUCGCCUGCCUUGCCGCCGCCCAGGCCUCCGGCAACUGCAACGCGAGCGAAGCGUCGUCCGCCGCCACCCUCACCUUCGUCGGCGUCAUCCUCCAGGACACCACCGCCUGGAUCUCCUUCGGCUGCCCAUCCGCCUCAGCCGUCAGCCUCGCUUGCGGCAGCGCCUGCGAGGCCGAGUCCGUGUGCUGCGAGAACAACGACGUCACUCGGGGUCUCGUUUCCAUCGGAUGCUUGACCGUCUCGUCGUAG